CUAAGUAGAUUCAGUUUUAAUGAUGCAUAGAUUCAGUAGGUCGACCUUUUCUUGCGGUUUGAUUUUGUGGACUUGUGUACUCGGACACGUUAUCGCCCAGUCCCACAAGGCGGUUGUAUUCAUGCAUGGAAUCUUUGGGAGCACUAAGGAAUCGACCAUGUUAGAAUCCUUCAUUAAACAGGUCCACCCAGACACGCCUUUUUACUCCAUAGCCCUGUAUCAGCGAAUCAGCAGUCUCGUCCCCAUGUGGAAACAAGUAGAAGCCAUCAAAAAGGAGGUGGAAGGCAUCAUGAGCAACCAUACCAAUGGCAUCCAUCUUAUCUGUUUCUCUCAGGGAGGCCUCAUCUGUCGGGGCAUAUUGUCGACAACACAACAUAACGUGGACACAUUUAUAGCUCUCAGUUCUCCACUAGCUGGGCAAUAUGGCGAUACAAGUUAUCUGAGGCAUUUUUUUCCGAAUUUCCUCAAAUCUGAACUCUACAGAGUGCUGUAUACGAAAACUGGACAGGACAUAUCAAUCGGAAAUUAUUGGAAGGAUCCUCAUCAUCUGGAGAACUACCAAAAGCACUCCAAUUUCCUAGCUCCCUUAAACAACGACACCUAUACUCCACAAAUCAAUGAUUACAAAAAGAACUUUCUGAGACUUAGUCGGAUUGUUUUGAUUGGUGGACCUGAUGAUGGCGUCAUCACACCGUGGGAAUCCAGCCAUUUUGCCUUUUAUGACUCCAACGAGAAAGUUGUUGAGUUCGAACAACAGCGGUACUUUUUGGAAGAUUCGUUUGGUUUAAAGACAUUGUUCAGUGAAGGGAAGAUCAAGAUAUAUGUUAUUCCUGGUGUGCAGCACGUCCAUUGGCACAGCAACCGUACCGUGUUCAACAGUGCCAUUUUACCCUGGCUGAUUUAGAGGAUAUAGAUGGAAUCCAAUAUGAAAUAUUCUCCUAAGCAUGCAGUUAAUUACAAUGAUCAAAAAUUAGAUCUAUUGACGCAAAUUAACAAGCACAGGGGGAAAUCAUUUUUGUAGAACGUUUACUUAAUAAAUUGAUAUUAAAGUGAAAUUCAAUGCAUUUACGAUUGACUCCAUCAGUAUGAAUCAUUGAAAUAUUUCCAUUGUACAAAUUCAUAAUUUUUCACUCUGUUCAUUUCUUACACUCAUAUCUUAUGAAUAAAUAGGAUUGACAUA